AAGUUCAUCCCGUUAUAAUAAAAUGUCACUGUUAAGUGUAAUUUGUAUGUUAAUACCUAUUUUAUCAUGAAAUUUACCUAUUCCAAAUUCUUUAUUUAGUUUCUAGAUAGUUAGUGCUUAUUAUUAGUUAAUUUAAAGGUUUUUAAUAUUUUAUUUGGUUUUUAUCGUGUUGAUUAUUUUAUUUUUUAAGAUAAUCAUUUUAUUUAAAAUCCUACAUUUAUAACAUAAAUUAAGGUAGUUAAAUCAUUGAAUUAUUUAAAUGACACAAAUGGAGGAACAAGAAAAACAACUAGAGAUUGCUUUGGCAUCUGUUCAAAAACAAGGAGUACAUAUGAAAAUGUGUUUAGAUAAAAAUAAAUUAAUGGAAGCAUUAAAACAUGCAUCUGCUAUGUUAGCAGAACUUCGUACAUCAUUGCUAUCACCGAAAAGCUACUAUGAACUCUUUAUGAAAGUUACUAAUGAGUUAUGCUACUUAGAUUUAUACUUAGUAGAAGAAUUUGAACGAGGUCGCAAAGUAGAUGAUUUGUAUCAAAUUAUUCAGUAUGCAGGAAAUAUUGUUCCAAGAUUAUAUUUGUUAAUAACAGUUGGAUUGGUUUAUAUUAAAACUAAUACUAAUUUAAAACGAGAUCUUUUGAAAGAUUUGGUUGAAAUGUGUCGAGGUGUUCAACAUCCUUUACGUGGCUUAUUUUUACGGCAUUAUUUAUUGCAGUGUUCUAAAAAUGUAUUGCCCGACAUACCUGAUAAUGAAGAAAAUGAGCAUCCUGAAGGAACUGUACGUGAUUCAAUUGAUUUUAUUUUAAUGAAUUUUGCUGAAAUGAAUAAGUUAUGGGUAAGAAUGCAGCACCAGGGACAUUCCAGGGAAAAAGAACGCCGAGAAAAAGAGCGUGAAGAACUAAAAAUUUUAGUUGGAACUAAUUUAGUUCGAUUAUCUCAUUUGGAUAGUAUUACAUUAGAUAAAUACCGCAAAGUUGUUUUACCUGGUAUUUUGGAACAAAUUGUUAGCUGUAGAGAUGCUAUUGCUCAAGAAUACCUUAUGGAAUGUAUCAUUCAGGUAUUCCCAGAUGAGUUUCAUCUUUAUACUUUGAAUGUAUUUUUAAAAUCAUGCUGUGAACUUCAACCUUCUGUAAAUGUCAAAACUAUUGUAAUUUUGAUGAUAAAUCGUCUUACUGUGUUUACAUUUCAUAACUCAAAUGCCUCUGAAGUUAAAUUGUUUGAAGUGCUUACUGAACAAAUUGCCAACAUUAUUCAGAGCCGUGAUUUACCACUAGAAGAUACAGUUUCCCUACAAGCAGCUAUGGUUGGUUUAGCUUUAAAGUGUUAUCCAGAUAAUUUGGAUUAUGUAGAUAAAUCUUUGCAGACAAUUUCUGAUACUUUUGCUCGACGUAAAAUUGAAAAAAUAAGUCACAAAAACCCAGUAUCUCGAGAGUUAAUGACUCUUAUGAAAUUACCUAUUGAUAAUUAUGGUGAUCUUUUAUCAGUUAUGAAGCUUAAGCAUUUUCCAGAAAUAAUUGAGUAUUUUGAUUAUACUGGUCGUAAAACUAUUGCAAUUUACUUACUUCAAAAUGCAGUACAAUGUAGAACAAUGAUUCCUACUGUAGAACAAGCUAACUUAGUUCUUACAAUGGUGUCACCUUUAGUUAAGGACCAAUCAGAUCAACCAGUUGGUGAAGAAGAUCCUGAAGAUUUUGUUGAAGAACAGAGUCUUUUAGGAAGAUUUGUUCAUCAUAUGAAAUCAGAUGAACCAGAUUUACAAUUUCAGAUUUUAAUGACAGAAAGAGAACAUUUCAGUCAAGGAGGAAAUAAACGUAUUUGUUAUACUCUACCACCUCUAGUUUUUCAGGCUUAUCAACUUGCAUUGAUUUAUAGUGCAAGAAGAGAACAAGAUGAGUUAUGGGAAAAAAAAUGCAGAAAAAUUUUUCAGUUUUGCCAUCAAAUAACUUUAGAGUUAACUAAAGCUGAAUUAGCAGAAUUACCACUUAGAUUAUUUCUCCAAGGAGCUCUUACAAUAUCACAGAUAAAUUUUAAAAACUAUGAAACUGUUGCUUAUGAAUUCUACUCUCAAGCAUUCACACUUUAUGAAGAAGAAAUUUCAGAAAGCAAAUGUCAGUUGGCAGCUAUUGUGUUACUUAUUGGUACUUUUGAGAAAAUAAAUUGUUUUGAUGAAGAAAAUGCUGAACCAGUUCGAACUCAGUGUGCUUUAGUAGCUUCAAAAUUGCUUAAAAAACCUGAUCAAUGUAGGGCAGUUUCUGUUAGCUCACAUUUAUUUUGGUCUGCUCAAAAUAAUCUAGGCAAUCCAAUUCAAGAUGGCAAACGAGUAAUGGAUUGUUUAAAAAAGUGUGUGAGGAUAACAAAACAGUGUAUGGAAACAUCAGUUCAAGUUCAAUUGUUUGUUGAAUUACUGAAUUAUUAUAUUUAUUUUUAUGAAAGAGGAAAUAAUAAUGUAACUGUGGAUAUUCUUAAUCAAUUAAUAAUUCAAAUUAAGAAAGAAAUUACUAGUUUGAGUCCAAAUGAAGAAACAGAACAGAUAUCAAAACAUUUUGAAAAUACAAUUUCUCAUUUGCGUAACAGAAUUGAAUCAUCAGACAAUGAUGAUUCAAUUUAUAAAGCUUUAGAAGGUUUAAUAUUAUAAUAAUUGUAUUUAAUUUUUAUUUAGAUAUGGAUAGUUAAGUUCAAUAUAAUACUAUUUAUAUGUUAUUAUUUUUAAUUUAUUUUUAUUUUACACACAUAUUUAUAUUUAAUUAUU